GCUCCCCGACCCGGAGGCCGGCGCGGAGCCAGAGCCCCCCGCCGUAGAGCCCCACAGCUCCCCGGCGCCCGCGCAGCUCUUCAGGGCGCUGUACGACUUCACCGCGCGGUGCGCCCACGAGCUGAGUGUCAGCCGCGGGGACAGGCUCUAUGGCCUCAAGGAGGAGGGCGGCUACAUCUUUGCCCGCAGGCUCUCCGGUCCGCCCAGGGCCGGGCUGGUGCCCAUCACCCACCUGGCCAAGGCCACCCCGGAGACGCUCUUGGACCAACCCUGGUACUUCAGCGGCAUCAGCCGUGCCCAGGCCCAGCAGAUGCUCCUGUCUCCGGCCAAUGGGCCUGGGGCCUUCCUCAUCCGACCCAGCGAGAGCAGCCACGGCCACUACUCACUGUCAGGUAAUGUGGCGGCCGCUUGUGCCUGUCCCCGGGCUGAGCCUGCGCCAGAACGCCCCUGACCUUGGGGCAGGUGCUCCCCAGGUCUCGCUGGCCGCACGUCGAGCUCGAAGGCACCUGCAGCUGGUCACCUCUCAGCUCACCAACCUGCUGGUUACCUUCCCUCCUGUGCCUCUGAGCUGCCCGGCCAUCACUCACCCUCCCUCCCUUCUUCCGCUCAUUCUCGGACUCUCCACGUGCCCUGGGCUCUGUGCCCUGUGGCCAGGAGCCCCCAGUGCCCCUCUUACUGCACCUCUGGCUUGCGGCUGUCCACGCUCCCUCCUUUUCCGUGAGGCCCCUGAGGCGGGAUCCGAGCCCGGCCCGUGGAAGGUUGUGGUGGCCAUCUGGUUGGGCUGGCGGGAGGGUCUGGGGCAGGCAGCAGCCGGAGGAGGCCUUCAUCUCUGUGCGCUCACAGUCCGGGCCCAGGCCAGCGUUCGCCACUACCGCAUCUGCACGGCGGCUAACGGCCUCUACCUGCAGAAGGGCCGGCUCUUCCCCAGCCUGGAGGAGCUGCUCGCCUACUACAAGGCCAACUGGAAGCUGAUCCACAACCCGCUGCUGCAGCCCUGUGUGCCCCAGGGCGCAGCAGGCGGAGGCCCCGAGUGCCCCCCACCCCCUCAGCAGCCUCUCCUGCAGGACGGGUGGGAGCGGCCUCGCUCCGAGUUUGCCUUGCAGAGGAAGCUGGGUGAAGGCUACUUCGGGGAGGUGUGGGAAGGUCUGUGGCUCGACUCCACACCGGUGGCAGUCAAGGUCAUCAAGUCAGCCUACGUGAAGCUGGCAGACCUCACCAAGGAGAUCCAGACUCUCAAGAGCCUGAGGCACGAGCGUCUCAUCCGGCUGCAUGCCGUGUGCUCGGCCGGCGAGCCCGUGUACAUCGUCACCGAGCUCAUGCGCAAGGGCAAUCUGCAGGCCUUCCUGGGCAGCCCCGAGGGACGGGCCCUGGGCCUGUCCCUCCUGCUGGGUUUUGCCUGCCACGUGGCCGAGGGCAUGAGCUACCUGGAGGAGAGGCGCAUCGUGCACCGCGACCUGGCCGCCAGGAACGUGCUUGUGGGUGAUGACCUGGGGUGCAAGGUGGCCGACUUUGGCCUGGCCCGGCUGCUCAAGGAGGACAUCUACUCCCCAAGCAGCGGCUCCAAGAUCCCCGUCAAAUGGACGGCGCCCGAGGCAGCCAACUACCGUGUCUACUCUCAGAAGUCGGACGUCUGGUCCUUCGGAGUCCUGCUCUAUGAGGUCUUUACCUACGGCCAGUGUCCCUAUGAAGGACUGAGCAACCACGAGACCCUGCAGCAGGUCACCUGGGGGUACCGGCUGCCGCGCCCGGCGUCCUGCCCGGCCGAGGUCUAUGCGCUCAUGCUGGAGUGCUGGCGGAGCAGCCCCGAGGAGAGGCCCGCCUUCGCCGCGCUGCAGGAGACGCUGGACGCAGCCCGCAGGCGCCUCCACCCUGCCCUCACGUGACCUGGGGCGCUGGACGCAGGGGCUGGGGCCACUCCUCCCCACCUGCGUGUCCCCGCAGGGCAGCACUGGCCGCCAACACACACGGGUGCCGGCAGCCUGGAGCCAACUCUGACCGAGGGCUGAGGGCCCUGACACACACACUGACCCAUACUGUGCGUGUGGAUGGCUGACACACGCAGACACCCGCUGACACAGGAGGGUAUGAUGGCCUUUGCCCUGAGUGACCCGGUGUCCCUGCCGAGGGAAGAACUCGGCAUAGAAGUCCAGGUGGGGGGAUGUGCUGGGCCUGCCGCCCUGGACGCCCUCCACCCCCUCCCCGGUCGAGAGCCAGAGGCCGGACUUCCCAGUGUUCUGCAGGGCCCCCCUGUGGCCGAUGUUGGGCUGGUGGGCAGACCCCAGGCGCUGGGCACACACGGCCCAGGAACAGACCCGGGCACACGGGAAGGCAGCAGGCACGCGAUGAAUGCACACCGAGCUGACUCAGACACACGCACAGACACGCGUCACCCACAGGCCGCAGCCCCAGCCCCGGAACAGACCCGGAGCUGUCAUGGCCCACCAGCUGGUUCAUCGUGGCAGACAGACAGCUGGCCCCACGCGGCCCCGGCCCCCGGCCCAGGAUCCUAGCGCCCAGACCGGGGACCCAGAGGAAGCAUGACUUCUGGGCCACUGGCAGGACUCUGUGCCGGCCGCGGGAGCUGUGUGAUAGCCGCUUCCAUUUCCCUGGGGCCGGAAUUGAAGGGGCGGAGGGAGGGACUGGGUCAGGCCUUGGGAAGGUCCGGCUGGCUGGCUCUUUCUGGGGACAGGGCAAAGGUCAGGGAGGCAGAGUCUGGGCCUCAGCGGCUCAGGGUCCCGGGUGCUGGCCUGCCCGUGCAGGGUCAGGCAGGGGUGGGGUUGGAUGCCACGGUGUUCAGGCAACUGGGUCACAACCCGGUCUCUGGGGAAAAGGAAACGGGCGGUUUCCAGCGUGUGACUGCUCCCCCAGCGGCUGAUUUCAAGCCACUGUUGAUGUCACUGAAUGAGGUGCUGGGUGCUGGGAGGGGAGCGGGGACGAACAGCAUUGCUUCUCAAUCAUCCUGCCCAGCUCUGGUCACUAAGAGACGGACAGAUGGAGGGCCGGGGGCCCCGGGCAGGGGAGAUCUAUGCUCAGGGUCUUUACCCUCCACUCCUGUGCCCCCCAUGAUGACAGCUGCGCCCCGAAGGCCUGUGGGACGGAAGGACAGAGGCGGCUGAGUCUGCUUACCGUCCCCUGGAGAGAACUGCCCAUGUGCACAGUUCGAGGCAGGGAUGCGCCUGCUGAGGCCAAUUAGCCCCGCCCCGCUUGACGUGAAGUGUUGGGGUUCGGAGCCGACGGCUAAGAAAGAACUCUUGAGAUGUUUUUGGUGCAAAAGGUGGUUUUAUUGAAGCGUGAGGACAGGACCUGUGGGCAGCAAGAGCCGCACUGGGGUUGUGGGGGGUGAUGGGUUAUAUAAAAUGUUCUAUCCUAUGGAGGGGAACGUGACGUUGGGGCUUCAGGAAAUUGAAUCCAUAGGUUCCUGGGAGUUUGGCUGUUGAUAAAAUGGCUUUUUUCCUUGUAAAUCAUUAAGACGGUUGUAGACUGACA